CCUACAAGUGAAAGGCUAGCAGUUCUCGCAGUGUGUAAGUGGGACUGGUCGCGUCUGUUGGACUGUAGCUAGUGUCGUGAUGCGCGUACGCUGCGCCGCUGCCGCAGUCACUCACAAGUCUCACAACUGAACGAUUAUUCAAUUCCACAAGCGCAGAGUAACCAGCAUCGUCCGGUCAGAGGAUACUUAAACGUGAAUAUUUCGCAACAAUGGACGUUGAAGCUGGCAAAGACAAUAUUAGCGUCGAGGACUCGAAUCUCGUUGUGUUCUUAGACAGUACAUUUACUAGAGUACAUUCAACCUUUGGUCGAGUAUGCGGGAGAAUAAAGCAAGUCCCCAGCGAGACACAGGUCCUGCGAGGAUGCUGCGGAGCGCUCCGGCCUGGGCGCCUGACGUUCGUCCUCGGGCCCUCGGGGGCAGGGAAAACCACCUUGUUGAAGAUAUUAGCCAAACGAAAGAAAGUUGGUGUACAAGGAUCGUUGUACGGUACAGACCGGAACACAGUGCUCGUGGCCCAGGAGGCAUCACUCAUAGACACCCUCACAGGAAAGGAGACCCUAAUAUUUGCAGCCAGCCUCAAGCUUCCUAAUGCUACAACUAGAGAAAGAGAACAUGCGAUCAAUUCGGUGGCAUCGCAGCUUGGUAUGGAUGAUGUACUUAACACAAAAGCCGGUCAAAUGUCAGGAGGCGAAAGGAAGCGACUGACGAUUGCUUGCGAACUACUCACUAAUCCUCUGAUCAUGCUACUAGAUGAACCUACCAGUGGCUUAGACUCCGUGUCAUCGAUGUCUGUAGCCCGUGCGUUGCGAGACGUCGCCCGCAAUGGCCGCACGGUGGCCUGCGUCAUCCACCAGCCAUCCUCCAAUCUGUUCACGUCCGCCGACGACGUCAUACUCAUGGCCGAAGGCCGGACCAUAUACGCCGGCGCCAUAAAAGACAUCCCCGACACCCUGGCUAAAGCGGGAUUCAGAUGUCCGCAGUACUAUAAUAUGGCUGACUAUUUAUUAGAAAUCGCUAGUGGAGAGCAUAUUGGUAAUGUAGCCUACAUUGAGCAAGAAGCUAAGAAUUACACUGUGGAAAUGAAGGAAAUAAUCAAGAACACAGUGUUAAACGGAAACGGAAAAGUGUACGCGACAGAAGACCAAGCUUUACUGAGCGCGGUGCCGACGCAACCCCCGCGGGUCUGUGCGGGGUUGUGGAGGCAGCUGUGCGCGCUACUGUGGCGCUGCAGCAUCGGCGCGAUGCGAGACGUGCACUUAACACAGAUCCGUCUGGUCUGCCACUUGUUGGUGGCGCUGCUGCUGGGCGCACUGUACAGCGGCGCGGGCGCAGCCGCCGACCGUAUGGUCACCAACACCGCCUGUCUCUUCUUCUUUUUGCUUUUCCUCUUCUUCUCCAACGCGAUGCCUACUGUUAACACGUUUCCAGCAGAAGCAACAGUGAUCCUUCAAGAACAUUUGAAUAAAUGGUACAGCUUAACAGCGUACUGCAUGGCCAAAAUCAUAAUUGAUCUACCAGUGCAGCUACUUUGUGCUACAGUGUUCCUGUUUCCCGCGUGGUAUUUGACGUCACAACCGAUGGAGUAUGAACGACUGGGCCUGGCCUGGGCUACCUGCGUUCUCGUCACCAUUCUGGCGCAGACGUUCGGGCUGGUCGUCGGGACAGCGUGUGAUGUCAAGUUGGGAAUGUUCGUAGUACCAGCCGCCAAUAUUCCGAUGCUGAUGUUCUCGGAGUUUUUCAUUCCGUACCACGAGAUGUCGACAUACUUGCAGCCCUUCGCAAACAUAUCGUACUUCCGGUACGCCUUCGAUGCCUUUGUGCAAGCAGCCUACGGCUUUGGUCGAGGAGCACUGCCGUGUAACAAAGAGUUCUGCAUGUUCAGAACCCCACAGCAGUAUUUGGAUUAUCUAGAACUGCAUAGACCUUUCAUCUAUGAUAUCUACGCUUUGUUGAUAUGGAUAGUUUUAUUACAGAUAUUGUUUGUAUGUGUAUUAAAAUACCGAGUCUACAAGGCAUGCCGAUAGUAUGAUAAAGAGUUUAAUAAUUUUUAAGAAAAAAAAACCGCCUUCCUUUGGGGUUCUGGUGAUAAAUACUUUCAAAUGUUGGAUUAUGUUAUCAAUUCGUCUGUAUAUUUUUUAAUGUUUGUUAUUCGAUAUCUCCG